AUGCGUCUGCAGCAAAUAGCCCUUGAUCUUUAUCUUGAUCCAAAGGCACAGCCUAUGAGGGAGUUGCUGCAGCGCAAGGGCCUUGGGGAGUUUGCUGCUUUUCCUGCUGCUGCUGUUGGCGAAGCAGCAGAGACACAACAGGAUGAGAAACAGGCACUACUUGAACAAGAGAUUGAGGAUUUCCUUGCACAGGAGAGCAUAAGAGAAAGACUCCUACUCACCGUAGACGCUCGCCUCCAGCAGCAGCAGCAGCAACAGCAGCAGCAGCAACACCAGCAACAGCAACAGCAGGAUGAGGAGGAGCAGCAGCAGGACGAGGACGAGCAGCAACAGCAGCAGCAGCAGGAGCUGGAGCAGCUAGCUGACAAGGAGAGUCUUAAGAGAGUUGGGGUGUCUGUACACUUCAAGGACUUCCCGUGUCUCCGUACAUAUCGUGUUGCGUCUCUCUUUGUAUGGCCAACAGCUGCAGCAGCAGCAGCAGCAACAGCAGCAGGAGGAGCAGCAGGAGCUACUGUGACUGCAGAAGAGGUACUGCAAGGCGAGCAGCAAGCAUACAUCAACAGCAGCAGCAGCAGCAGCAGCAGCAGGUACUCCCUUGCUGUAUUAGGAGAUGUAUCUACAUUAGAUGAUUAUGUAUUACCCUCUGAGGUGUACGUACACCUCAAAUAUAAACAUCUUAAUCUUGCUGGGCAUGCACUAAUAGCUGUAAGAGAGCAGCAAUGGCGAGAGGCAGAAGAUGACGAAGAUCGUUUGUUGCUGUUGGUUAAUUCUUUACAAUUACCAACAACACACUCGGCUGUAUAG